GGUGCGGGGGCCGCGCGCGAAGACAUGGGGGAGAAGCUGAGGCUGGAGUCGCUCGUGGGGGCCGAGCCCGCCGUCUACCCGUGGCCGCUGCCUGUCUACGUUGUGACAGAAAUAAAGUUUCCAGAAGUUGGGUUCCUGCAAUAAGAAAUAAAGAUGUGACCUUCCAGUUGUGUAAAGCUCAUGAAUGCUGUGUAAGUGCGUCGGGUGCAAUAAGGAACCUGGAGCUAAAUGGGCUAGUUCUGAGAGAGAGAGACUUAACUACGUUAACAAAGGAAAUCCAUCUCCGUCCUUUGCGGGGGCAGUCCCGAGCUCAUGUUUUAACGGACGCGAAUGCAAAGCGUGGUUCUCACGUGACUUUCUGAAGAGCCCCCGCAGCAGGCCCAGGUACCUUGAGUGGACUAAGUCUCACUUUAUGGCAGUGGCAUCAGAUGGUGGCUACAGAAGGUUGCCGACGUCCCUGUGUGCUCUGACAGGCUCUGCAGACCGGGGGACGAAAGGACCAAGGAACUCUGACCGCCCUCGGGAAUCCCAAGUGACUGGAGGGACACCGCGUCAGGGCCCCAGGCAGUGUCGCCCACUGUUCCGGAGGCGGGCGGAGGCUCCGCAGCUUCAUUUCGUCCCGUCCCUUCCAGUAUUUAAAAUUGUUGUCAAGAUGCUGGGUUAACUCAGGCAGGUCUACAAAGGCGUCCCAAGCAGCAAACAUGUCUGUGAUGAACAAUGAAAGAGAUUUGGGAUUUGGGGAUGCUGCAGGUAUUUCUGUCAAAAACUGCCAUCACCACAGGCAAGUCCUGUCGCUUCUCUUCAUCAGUCUGAGAAAAACAUUCGUCUGAGAUACGUGCGGCCCACUCAAUGCACUGCUCCAGGGGUCGGCAGGGACUGGACACAUCAGCACACUUAAUCAGUCAGGUAGACUCAUCAACAACAUGGAAUCAGAAAACCAGACUGGUGUCUCAGAAUUCCUCCUCCUGGGCCUCUCAGAGGAUCCAGAACUGCAACCCCUUCUCUUUGGGCUGUUCCUGUCCAGGUACCUGGUCACUGUGCUGGGGAAUCUGCUCAUCAUCCUGGCCGUCAGCUCAGACUCCCAUCUCCACACCCCCAUGCACUUCUUCCUCUCCCACCUGUCCUUUGUUGACAUCUGUUUCACCUCCACUAUAGUCCCCAAGAUACUGGUGAACAUCCAGACAGGGAACAAAGUCAUCACCGAUGCAGUCUGCCUCACUCAGGUGUAUUUUUUCAUGGUUUUCAUAUGUAUGGACCAUUUGCUCCUGACCAUCAUGGCUUAUGACCGCUACGUGGCCAUCUGCCACCCUCUGUAUUAUGCAAUCAUCAUGAACCCCCGUCUCUGUGGUCUGAUGAGUCAUUGCUCCUUGUUCAUUAGCGUUAUGAACGCCUUGCUCCACAGUCUGAUGGUGUUGCAUCUGUCCUUCUGCACAGACUUGAAAAUCCCCCACUUCUUCUGUGAACUUGUUCAGAUCCUCAGACUCACCUGUUCUGAUACUCUUAUCAAUGACAUCCUGAUGUAUCUAGUGACUAGCCUGUUAGGUGUUGGUCCCCUCUCAGGGAUAAUUUUCUCUUACACUUGCAUUGCCUCAUCCAGCCUGAGAAUCCCAUCAAUUGGCGGAAAGUAUAAAGUUUCCACCUUUGGGUCUCACCUGUCUGUCGUUUUCUUAUUCUAUGGGACCUGUGUUGGAGUUUACCUUAGUUCUGCAGCUACUCUCUCCCCCAGGAGGAGGGCAGUGGCCUCAGUGAUGAACACUGUGGUCACUCCUAUGGUGAACCCCUCCAUCUACAGCCUGAGGAACAGAGCCAUAAAGGGAGACUUGAGGACGCUGAUCUCUGGAACAUUUUCUUUUUCAUGAUUCUGCCAUCUGCCUUGGGUGUGGGCUUCUAGAAAGAGUCAAAGGGAAUGAAAUACUGGGUAUGCCAGAAUUCCUGACUCUUCCAAAAUUCAAUUCUCCUAGCAAAGUGAUUAAUCAUGGGUUUUCAAAUCAGAUAUCUUUGUAUUAAAUCCUUCUAUCCUGGGAAUUCCCUGGAGGUCCAGUGGUUAGGACUCUGAGCUUCCACUGCAGGGAACACGGGUUCGAUCCCUGGUCGGGGAACUAAGAUCCUGCAGGCUGCAAUGCAGCAGCAGCAAAAAAAAAAAAAAAAAAAUCCUUCUAUCCUGUGUUUUACUACCUGUCAUUUAUCAGCUAACUUAACUCUCUGAGUUCAGUCGACAUCUAUAAAAUAGGCAAAAUAUUACAUAUUUAAUAGUGAUAUAGGGAAUAUAUCUCAUAUAUGGGAAUAUAUGAGUAUAUGAGAUAGUUUAAUAUAUGUGUACAGAAAUUUGUCUAUAUUAAGCACUAGUAAAAUCAAAUGUGUAAUUAUCAGGUGUUAACUGAAGUCAAUUAAUCUCA